UUUGGUGUGAUGUUGAAGCUUUCGGAGGCUGUGGCUCCCGACGUGCAAAAGAAACUUUCGUAUGCUGUAAGGAAUGAUAGAAAAGUUCAAGCUAAUAGCGCGUUGUUAGAUUUCUCUUUCAAAAUUUAACUUAAACUACUAUUACGCUAUAAAUACAACGGCAUGUUAUUGAAGAAAAAAGCUGAGAGCACAACGCUAAGAAUCAGGUGGCAAUUUACAGCGAGUUGACAUGGUUCUACCAUGGACCUACUAGCAAAGGUCCAUGGUUUUACAAAAGUAUGUUCUUUGUUAUGUUUAUAUACGUUGGGUUUUAUAGCCUACAGUUCAUUUCCCCCGAUAGAAUAAAAUAUUUUAACAUCAAACAUAAGCCUUAUUAAACGUAUGUAGAAGAAAUACCAAUGACUAACACGUGGGCAAGGAAAAUCUCAUUAGAAUAUUUCAUUUCCUUUGUACACUCUCAUCACUAUAAUUUCUGAAAAUAUUUGUAUAGCCUGAAAUUCAUUAUCCAUUAUCUUGUAUAUAAAAUAGAAAUUUGAUUUAGAAACAUGACGGUUCAUUUACUGAUUUACAAGUAAAUACAAAAUAAAAUCCGCCACUGAAAUCUAUUACAAUCAUUGUAUAAUGUAUUUCUUUUGGUGUAAAAUAAAUAAUAGGGAUAAUAAUUGGAGAAAUGAAAAAGAGGAAAGGUAUUAUUAAGGCAAAUAAACAGAAACAACGUGAAUACAUGCAUUCUAAAUGGAGAAAAGAGAAAAUAUGAAUCAAUUGAGAUACUAGGAGAGUAAACGGAAAUAAGAUCAGAGCGAAAGCAAGAUGAAUUUUGAUAUAAGCUAGACAUACCCUUCAUAAUUAUAUGUGUUCACUUUCGUAUUUAGGGAUGAACAUAAAUGAAAUGGACUAGACCUAUGAUUGCUAGUCUCCUUUUCCUAUAGCACUUCAAAGAAAUAAAAAUACUACAAAAUGCCCGAGCCCCACUACUAUUAGCACACACUCCCUCAGUCGCCCCAACCCCCAAAGAUCAACGAAUGCCAUUCACAUUGGCGUAGAGGAGUAGUUCAUCACGAUCAUCCAGUAUUCCAAACAUCGGACUAUAGCAGAGAGGGACUCUUAAUCUCGACAUCAAGCAUCCUUAUAGCCUUUCCCCCAUACAUGUCAAUCCAUCAACCCAUUCGACCCCAUCCAGCCUCGCCAUCUCCUUGGUUUCACCAGAGUUGAAGGUGGAGGUGCUUAUCCGGGGCGCGAGGGGUUAAGGCGGACUUAGCAUCUCGCCUGUGUCGGACGCUGAUGUCGCGUUUAUCGGGAAGCUGGCUGACUCGACGCGCCAAAAUAUUCCGCAGUCUAGUGCAGAAGGAAUAGGAGCAUCAUCCACGCAGAUCACUACCGGUGCUGAUGGUAACUCGCAUCUCGGAGACCGCCAGACCUGUCGGCGUCUAAGAAGGGAAGUUGUACCGAUCAAGAUGAGUUUCCUUCGGAUGUCACAUUGAGAGCUGUGUGUGAUUUAUCGUCUUACAUUUGACGGAUGCAAAGAGGAUUUAAUAAGUAUAAUUUUGAACAUAUUUCAGCUUUGAAAACUUCAUUUUUACUUGGGACUCUGGAAUAGGCAGUUGGAGAGGGACAAUGUACCCGUACAGCGAAGUUACAUCUGAUAGCUAUUCGAUGUCUAUGAGCGAAACCAACGGUCAUUCAUGCGCCUAUGCGUCGGCGCACUGCCGAGGACGAAACGACCAGGACCAAGAACGCAGCGACACAAUGAUCAUCAGUUCGAACAACGCUUCCAUCGACAACGGCUACGGUCACCAUCACCACCACCACCACCACCGACACUCGCACGUCCUGGCCCCCGUGUGCAGCUCGGAGCACGGCGAGCGACGAUGCCUGCUGUGGGCGUGCUCGGCCUGCAAGAAGAAGAAGAAAUCGAGCCUGUUCGACAAGCGGCGGGCGGCGACUCAACGGGAGAGGCGGCGGCUGUGUAAGGUGAACGCCGCGUUCGAAAUCCUCAAGCAACGGACUUGCUCGAAUCCGGAGCAACGGAUGCCCAAAGUGACUAUUUUGAGGAAUGCUAUCCAAUAUAUUGAACGAUUACAAUUGAUGUUACACGAAGCUGAUGAUCAGGAUGCGUACUUGAGUUCGUAUGGUGGCAUGGAUUGCCGAGAUAUUGAUUUAUGCGAUGAGAUAAGGCACGGAGGGAACAUAAUGAAUGGCGGAAAUCAUACUAGUCUUGGCCACGAGUCUAGUUGCAGGAGAGUUAAAAUUGAAGAACGAGUAUCGAGCUUGGACCACCUUUCUUUGAUGGUAGAAAAUAUCAACACACCUUGCACUUUCCCUGGAGGCAGGGAAUGUCGGGAUAAAGACAAGGGCGCCACCUAGAAAGAAGUUCAAAAUUUCGCAAAAAAAGACGAAUUACGCAUCACCGCCUCUCUGAUUGGACUUCGUACCCAACACGUGACGUUGCCUGAUGGAUUCAAAUUGACGAUCGCUCCUAAGGACAAGGGCGCCACCUACGAUGUUCUUUAAGAUACCACUCGAAACUGACUUGUUUUAUCAUCAUGGGCUAUUCGAUCGGAUAUCUUUACAAAUAAUUUGUUUUUCUUCUUAAUGAGGAAAUCAGAAUUCGCACCGAAUAUUCUUCAAUAUUUAUGUUGGACAUCAUUAUUUUCUGAUGAAAAGUCGAGAGUGCAGAUGUGUCAGAGGAGCCACAUAGUCAGCAUUGACGUGUAUUCUACAUGUAUGUAUUUGUGAAUUUAGAUGAAUAAGGAACUCACGUACUGCCCCGCCGAAGUUGGUUUGUUUAAAAUGGAUAUUCACUCAUCAUGGUAUUCGACGUGAUGUUAUUAGAAGAAGGUGGACCAAAUUCUACACCGUUCUACGGAAAACUCUUAAACUAAAGAUUCAUCCUAAAUAAUACAAAGUAACAUUUUUUUUUCAUAAAAGGUCAUAAACAACGAUGUUGAACUGUAAAUAAAAGGAUCAAUCGUGUGUCAUGUUGAGUGUACAUACUAAAUAAUGCAAAAAAAUAUGGUUCCUGUUAUUUAAGAGGUUUAUUUCCAAUUGGUCUAAUACCAGUUCGUCCAAUUACCAGCUCGUCUAUUAUCAUUUGGUGUACCAGCAGUUCGUCCACUAUCCACAUGGUCUAAUUGCCAUUUCGUCUACUCACCAUUUCGUCUAAUAACCAGUUGGACCAAUAGCCAUUUCGUCUACUCACCAUUUCGUCUAAUAACCAGUUGGACCAAUAGCCAUUUCGUAUACCAUUCGGUCUAAUUGGAAAAAAAAGUGUUAAAUGGGCGAAAUGAAUGAAGUGAAAAUGGGUAUUAGACCAAAUGAUUAUGAGACGAAUGGUCAUAGACGAACUGGUGAUUUGACGUAGUGAUUAUUGGACCAAAUGGCUGUUAGACGAAACGUUAAUGGACGGAAUGGCAUAAGACUAAACAAAGGGAGCUCAUGCGACAUGUGCGAUGAGUAGACGAAUCGGCAGUUUACCUUUCCAGAAGUGACAAUUUGGUCUUUGCGUGCGCUAUCACUAUGUCCCAAUAGCACCCUGGGUAUGUUUUAGAUUCUUGAAAUCACAAAAAUGCUAAACAUAUACAUAAAUCUAGCGGGAGUCUCACGCAUUGCCGCAUUAUACGUGAACGAGACCAUGUAAUUGUUGUAUUAAAGAAGUUUUCUACUUACCCAACACUGAGCCACAAUGUCUCGUUAAUGAGCCAAAAAAUAAAAUCGAUGUGCUAAAAUAAAUUUGUAUAAUAUUAAAGACGCGUUCGUUUGAACACUUUUUUUCAAAAUCUAAGUUGUUAUUAUUGACAUGCCAGUUCUGCUUGGCUACUGUGAUGUUUCGAUUUGUGAUCGUAACCAUAACUAAAAUAUCCUCGACACACUUUAUUUCGAGCUUGAUUGUCUAUGUUGCUUUUGAUUGCAAUGGGUCAAUCUGUAUGGCCCUUAAUACGGUAAAAUGUAUACAAUUAAAACGAAUGCCUUUACGUAUAAGAUUGAGAAACAUAAAUCAUGCAUUACAAGUUG